AAGAUCACGGCCCAAUGAUCUUUUUACUCGAUUACUCUUUACUCUAAUACUCAAAAGCAUACUUUUAUUCGAUUCUACGUAGGAUCUAAAGGAACGAUAAUCACCGACGGCAAAAAGGAAGUAAAAGGAUGAAAAAGUAAUCGUGCAUAUCCCUGUUUAGAAAACUAUUCACACGCAACAGUGGUAUCUGGUACCAGAAAGGAAUGCGCCGUGUGCGUAGGGACGCUUCUCAUAGGUACUGGACGAGUCUACUUUUUUCAUUGGCCCUCGCGGAACCCCUAUAAGUACGAGAGGGCUUGAGCGUUCUCGCACAGAAAUACAGAAGAAUCAUCGAACGCACUCCUACGGGUUCAUCCUCUUCAAAAUCCGCCAACAUGUUCAAACACUUAAUUCUGAUUGCGCUAAUUGGCUUGGCCUGGUCCGCCCCAGCACCUGCACCCAAACCAGCACCAGCACCAGCACCGAAACCUCUUUCGCUGAUAACGGACAUCAAAACACCAGCGUCCACCGCUAAAUUGACACCUCUUGUCGCACCGAUCGCUACGCCUCUAAUUUCAUCGAUUUCUCGCGUAGCACUUUUACCCCAAAAAUCAUUUGAAAUUGGCAAGGCGACUAUCUACUGUCCGAUCGAAUUUCAGGCAGGAUGAUGUCAAGGUUAACGAAGAGGAUCACCGAAAAGAAAGCGUACGCCGUUCGUCUGUAACAUCCAUGGAUUGUUUUUCUUUCUAAGUAGUAGAUACGCACGUGUAUAAUGUUUCCUGAGAAGACCUGAACUGCACGGAUAUACACCGACGAACUUUAAUGAUUUCUCGGUUCCGCUCUUCUACCUGCGAUCAAAAAUGAAACGUAUAAACGAAACGAACGAUACGAAAUUUCACUAGACUUCCAUUCAUAAGACCUUGAAUCUUUGAAAUCGAUCUCGUGCAAAAUGCGAUUUUAUUACAUUGU